GCGAAUCCAAUGUUUGUCACAGUUGAAGAACAGAUGUUUUCAAGUGCUCUCACGCACGAUCCAUCGAGGUUGAUGCAAACAAGAAUAAUGAGUUCCAUUCAUCUGCUGCUUUUAAUUUUCUUCUUAUCACAAACCGCUGCUCUGCGGAUGAACAACGAUUCGAUAUGGGACUUCAAUUUUGAAAACGAUGCGGCCGAGCUUGAGCACUUUCGCUAUAGCGAUCGAUUGGUCUUUUUCUCAGCCGAAAUUGAGGAUCUUACUUUGGACGUUCUGGAACCGUUAGCAUCAGUUCGAGAGUUAAGGUUUCGAAAAGGGUCUAUCCGAACUGCCUGGCUACCGGAAUUUGUGGAAACGUUUUCAAUUCAUAAUGCGGAAACGAAAGAAUUGAUGAUAAGUGUCAAUCAAAACUACAAUGUUGUGAGCCUACUCGUGGUUGGAUGCCUGCUUGAUAAUGUGCCGGAAAAUAUUGGUCAAUUGAGUGCCCUAAGAACGCUGGAUUUGGGAUUUAAUCAGAUUGAACAAGUGAACAUGGACUUGUUUUCGGGAUUGAGUAACCUGGAAGCGCUAUCCUUACGAUAUAACAAAAUUUUCGAAAUUAGAAGUCCUGAUGUGUUUUUUCUCCCAGCUUUGAAAAGUCUUAUGUUGAACUCGAACAAACUUGAGCAAUUGGACAUUUGCGGGUGGAACAUGGAUCAUCUGGAGUAUUUAAGGUUGGAUAACAAUAACCUUCAGUAUGUGGUGAAUAUCCUGGAUCAGUUUCCAGUUUUGCAAGAAAUAGCUUUAACUGGAAACCUAAUGAAUUGUGAUUGGAAAAACAAACUUCUGGAAGACAUUAGCAAAACUGAAAUCUCCUAUGACGGACCGUGGUAUUGUGAUCCCGAGUUGGUGACACCAGCCCCUGAUGAUUGUCCAAGUCGGUACAUGAAAGCUCUUCUAAAGCGUCAAGCUGAAGAUAUAUCUUCUUUACGAAGAGAUUUCAAGCAACAGCAAUCAAUUAUAGAUCAAAUGAGUCAAACUAUUUUGAACCUUCAAGUGCAGCAAGUUGAGCAGUAUACAAAUCUAGAAGCAGCAAAUCAGAAAAUUUCAGAUGUUACAGCCCAAGCAAUUGAAACAGAAAAAUUGCUAACUGAAUACAUGGAACAAAACUCUAAAUUAUUGGACUACCUUUGGAUUAGCAAUCAGGACUCCUUACAGUCUUCAAACGUGGAGUUAAGCACCAGUCUACAAAGAAGCACUAACGAGAAACCAAUUUGGAGAAUGACAGUUUAUCACUUGAAAGCCAUCUUCUGCCAAACGUCACCGCCAUCAGUAACAGCGAGGUCCCAAAAAGCAAUCUACCGAACCGAAAAUGAAGACCUGGCGGCACAGCAGCGACGAUUCGAAAGGAUCUGUCGUAAAAUUUGAAGAUGUCAUCGGAGUGAGGCAAAAUAUGGUAGCCAUAAAAGUAAGAGUGAUGUUGUU